GCUUGCCCCGGCGCGGCGUGAAGCGGGUGCCCGGUCUGCCCCUGGCGUUGAGAGGGUGUCGCAGGAGCUGGGGAUUCCCACCCGUCCCAGCAUCUUCAGGGGGCUGUGCGCAAGUAACUAAACAGGCUCCUUGGGAGAAAGGAGCGGGAGAAAGGAGAAGCCUCUUCAUUUGGACUAAAAGUUGGAGAAUGAGAGGAGGACCUGAGAUAGCAUUCUGAGCUCAGGAGUAGAGAUUAGGUUCCAAAAUGGCAAUCAGAGCUCAUCUACCAAGGACUCCACAUCCCAGCAUCCUUGCAAUCAAUAAAAGGCCUGCUGGGAUAUGUGUUUUCCACUAAAUUACAAGUGUGCCAUCAUUAUGAGAAAGACUACCAUGGCUACUGGAGUCUUUCCUCAAAAUGAACAGUCAUAUUACACUUUGUGAUUAACAGUGGGUAUACUGCAAACAUGAAAGGAAAUUCAGAGCGUCCAGCACCAAAGUACACAAAAGUAGGAGAGCGUUUACGGCAUGUCAUCCCUGGACACAUGGCCUGCUCCAUGGCAUGUGGCGGCAGAGCCUGCAAGUAUGAAAAUCCAGCUCGCUGGAGUGAGCAGGAGCAAGCCAUCAAGGGGGUCUACUCCUCCUGGGUCACUGAUAACAUCCUGGCCAUGGCUCGCCCAUCCACGGAGCUCCUGGAGAAGUACUGCAUCAUCGAGCAGUUCCAGAGCCUUGGCAUAAGAACAGUAAUUAACCUGCAGCGCCCCGGUGAGCAUGCCAGCUGUGGGAACCCACUGGAACAAGAAAGUGGCUUCACUUACCUUCCUGAAGCUUUCAUGGAGGCUGGCAUUUAUUUCUACAAUUUUGGAUGGAAGGAUUAUGGUGUGGCGUCCCUUACCACCAUCUUAGAUAUGGUGAAGGUGAUGACAUUUGCCUUACAAGAAGGAAAAGUAGCUAUCCAUUGUCAUGCAGGGCUCGGUCGAACAGGUGUUUUAAUAGCAUGUUACUUAGUUUUUGCAACAAGAAUGACUGCUGACCAAGCAAUUGUGUUUGUUCGGACGAAGCGACCCAACUCCAUACAAACUAGAGGACAGCUUCUGUGCAUAAGGGAAUUUACUCAAUUUCUGAUUCCUCUUCGCAAUAUUUUCUCAUGUUGUGAUCCCAAAGCACAUGCUGUCACCUUAGCACAAUAUCUCAUUCGCCAGCGGCAUCUACUGCAUGGUUAUGAGGCACGACUUCUGAAAUAUGUGCCUAAAAUUAUCCACCUUGUUUGCAAAUUGCUAUUGGACUUGGCUGAGAACAGACCCCCAGUAAAGGAAGAAGUGGCAGAAGUUCCCGGCCUCUCUGCUGAAAUUGAAAAGACAGUUUCUGAAAUGGUGACGAGGCAGCUGGAUAAGGAACUGCUGAGGCAUAACAGUGACGCAUCUGAUGCUUGCACCCCCUCUGUGGUGGCAACAGAUUUUGAGACUCAGGAUAUGAUUCUUUCCAGCGAGCAAGAGUUUGACCCCCUCUGGAAGAGGCGGAAUGUUGAGUGCCUUCAACCCCUGACUUGCCUAAAAAGACGACUCAGCUACAGUGACUCAGACUUAAAGAGGGCUGAGUGGCUUCUGGAACAAGGGGGCACUCCAUGGACGGUACCCACCCAGCCCUUGCUUUGCCAUAACUCUGGGCAGCAGAAGCCCCUAAGCCCCUGCUACACCCUACAGUCUCCACAGGUAGAUUUAAGUAAGGAGGUGUUGGUCCGCAAUACAUUUUAUUUCUGGAAUCAGGGGAAAUUUGGAGACCUGGAAGGACUCAAAGAUGAUGGAUCACCAAUUUUCUACAGGAAGAAUAUUCUAAAGGAAUUCCAGCGGAGUAGAACCUUCUCUUCAGGUCUUUCAGGUUCAUACUAUCCUGAGGAACCAGUUAUACCCAACCUUGCAAAUAUCCAGAAGAAACCAAACCAUUCUCACCAGCAAGUACACCCCUCUCAGCGUGAGACUCAUGGUGAGGGCCCAGGCUCCAUUGCAGACGACAGUGAGACUCACCACAGCCCUGUGGACCGCAGCUCCAGUCCCAAAGCACAGUUCUCGGUCGCACCUGAAACCCAGGACAGCAAAGAUCUGUCUGAAGUUGUUACUCACACUGCCUUGCAGUCUGAAUUGAGUGUGGAAGCAAGGAGAAUCCUAGCAGCCAAAGCCCUGGCAAAUUUAAAUGAGUUUACAGAAAAGGAGGAAGUGAAAAGGAAGGUGGAAAUGUGGCAGAGAGAACUAAAUUCCCGAGACGGAGCUUGGGAAAGAAUAUGUGGCGAAAGGAACCCUUUCAUCCUGUGCAGUUUGAUGUGGUCUUGGGUGGAGCAGCUGAAGGAGCCCGUCAUAACCAAAGAGGAUGUGGACAUGUUGGUUGACAGACGCGCAGAUGCCGCAGAAGCGCUGUUUUUAUUAGAGAAGGGCCAGCACCAGACAAUUCUUUGCGUGUUGCAUUGCAUAGUAAGCCUGCAGAGCCUCCCCCAGGACGUGGAGGAAGCCGUCCUGGCCCACACCAUCAAAGCUUUCACCAAGGUUAAUUUUGAUUCUGAGAAUGGACCAAUAGUUUACAACACCCUGAAGAAAAUAUUUAAAAACACACUGGAAAAAAAGAGAAAAAUGACAAAAGAUGGCCCUACACCUGUCAUUUAGUGAAGCUGACUUCUGGUGAUUAUUUCAGGUCUGAAGGUCACUGGCAGUGUGGUCUGCUCUGUCUCCUGGCACUUUAUCUCAGAGGCUCUUGGCUUGUGUUAAGAAUGCUUGUUCCUGUUUGGAGCAAUUAUUUAUUUUCAAUAAUAUUCUUGAGCUACAUUUUUGUAUUGAAAAUUGCCAUAAAGUUGGUGCCACUUUUAUUUAUUUAACGGAAUUAAUAUUAUUGUAUUAAUAUUUCAAGCGUGUGGUAUUUACAUACUUAAUCUUUUUGACGUUGUGGGGAAGUUGUCACUCUUCUUUCCAAAACAGUUUUUUUGUCGACAGAACUCUUCCUAGAGUUUUUACCAAAUAGAAAUUUUAGGAAUGAAACAUCACUGCAUAUCCAACUCCUGAUACAUGACCUAAGGAAGUCACCAAGUGUCUUAAACUGCUUUAUAUUUGUUACUGAGAAGGUUAUGAUAGAUUUUUAAAGGAAUCUUGAAUUUUUUUGUUUUUUUCUUUUUUAUAUAAAUGAGGCAAAAAGUCUCAAAGUGUAUUAUUUUUCAAAAUGAUUUUGUUUUACAUUAAAGGGUCCAUUGUGAGAUGGUUGGGUUUUUGUUGUAGAGGGUAACUUGCCCUUUGUCAGGCUUCCAGAAGAGUUUGGUGGACAGGAGCAUUCUCAGCAGGUCAGGCCUUACCCCACUCCCCUGGGUGCGCUGAGCCACAUUACAUCUUUACAGAGGACUUGGGACCAGCGUUGACUCUGAGGGGCGCAGUUAGGGAGCAGGACACCACAGGAAGGAACCAGCUCUGUCGGGCUCUGUGUGGCCCUGCUGUCCUGCAAUAGCCACACCCAGAGGCAGUCUGCCCACACUGCUGUUGUGACAGCUAGAUUACACCCCCCACAGCUGCCAGCCCAUAGCGCCAUGGCCUCAGAGCCCUGUCUCUGGCUGCUUUUUUACUAUGAGAAUUGAGAUUUUUAAAUUGAAUUUGACCCAUGCAAGUUAUUUUGCCCCUGCUGCCUUUCGAUAAGAUUUAACUGCGUAAGCUAGUUCCUUGUAGACCAAACUAUCAAUCAGCUAUUGAAGCCAUAUGAAAAUGAAAAUAUGAAGCCAAUGAAAAUAUGUGAGGAACAGAGACCAAACCUCAAAGAGGACAGUUUUUCCCACUAAAAGUGACAUCAGUCAAACCAACUUCAAAUUGAAGAAACUUCUGUGUAAAGACGGAAUUUUAGGGGAAGCAAGAUGAAUUUACAGCAAAUGAAAUUUCUUCAAUGCCUACAUUUUGAUUCAUGCUCUGGCACAUCAAAAUUAUUUCUGUCAUUAUCAGUCUUACUAACUGUGCUGGCUAAGUACUAUUUUCUUCCACAUUGAAAUGUUUUAGGAAAUCAAAUCCAAUGAAUUUUAAUGAACUGGGUAACCAUUCCUGAAAUUUCUUUUUCAAGUGCCUAAUCCAGGAAAAAAAAGGGUAAAAAACAAUUAUACUUUAUCCAAAGGUACAUUAUAAAAAUAUAUUUUUUACCACAAAUGAUAUUGGUCCUCAUCUUGGCCAGCCCCACAUGGGCAGUGACCCUAUGGCUCAUUGGUCUAGUGACUGUUGGCAUCUGGAUGAAAUCAGUUACUUACUCGUGGUUUCAGAUGAGAGGACAGAUCCUAUACAAACAUGAUGUAACUAUGGUGGUGCCCGUCUAAACUCCAAGUGCACCUGCCCGAAAUAGAGAGAUGGUGGGAGAGAUUAAUCAGGCUGUAUACGGGUAUUGUGUUUAUUUGAAUAAAUGAAAAGAACAACUCAUAUCCCUUGUCAUCUUGUUCUUUGGCUUGCUCCUGAUGAGAAAGACAUAAUUUUCAUUAGAUUUCCCUGAUGGGCAAGCUAAGCUGUGGGUCAAAUCAUUAACUAGCCUAGCCAUGAUGGCCAUUGUUUCAGGAUGACAAGGCAGGGUACUGGAGUGGAGAGUUCUAGAGCAAUGGUGAGGAAGAUCUGAUGGCCAGUGAGACUCCUGCCUUCUCACCUCUCUUUGUGGCCCAGAGGAUACAAAUCUGCCUCUUGGCAGAUAUGACAAGGUGGCAACAUUAGAACCGCUUUCACCAGACUGAAGAGAAGGGUUAUUUACACUGAAGGACCUGGUCUCACUGACUCUGAACCCUGCUCUGAAGCCACAGUCUGUGGAGAUCUUAACCAGGUGAACUACCCAACAUGGAGCACCUAUCUGGGCUCAGAGGUCCCUUUAGUGCUAACCUCCACUGAGCAACUGAGCAACUUGCUAUCUUACUAUCCACAAUGGGAUGAAGUUUCUCUUACUUUCUAAAAUGAACAUUUACUAUUCAUAUGAUUGGUUGCUGCUUCAGACUAUUCCCUAGAUGGCUGAAAAAAUUUCCAGAGACAAUGUGUUGUAAACAAUGCAUGCCCCAAAUUCUCGAUAUCUGAAGGCCCCCAAAUUUGGAGAAUUGAUUAAAAAUGACAGCUUGCUCAUGAGAUCUUGGUGGUUCCACAUUCAUAAGUGUUAAUACAUUUUCAGCACAAAUCAAGAAUGAUGUUCCCUUUGCUGUUUUUUAUUUUUAUGAAUGUGGCCCAAGUUUAGCAGCCUACCUAAAGGAGCCCUUCUCCAAUGCUUGAUGGUUGAACAUUGUUUACAGAUAAAAUAACCAGAGAAAAAUCCUAUUAUGCAACGGCACAUUAUUUUUUAGCUAUGCUUUUAGGCGUGAGCUGAUCUCUGAUUAGCCUGACACAAUAAAACUGAUUUAUAAGUGCUCACAAAGGAGCCAUUCAGUAGUAGACUGUGCAAACCUUCAUUCUAAGCUAUCCAUUAAAACAUCCAGUCACUAAAAAUAGUGUUUCAAUAAGACUUCAAUAUCACAGAACCUUUGCACUGCAAGGAAAGGUUUCAUACAUCUACUACAACUUAUAUCAGUUAAUUCCCAGUGUCUUUCAAAACUCAACUGUCAUUCAAAACUCAUUGAACUCCUUGUUUUACCCCACAGCCCAAGAAAAUGGGAAGGUGUGGGCAAAAUUACAUCCACUCAAAAUUCAUAAGUUGAAUUCCUAGCCCCCAGCAUCUAAGAAUGUGACUGUAUUUAGUGAUAGGUCUUUAAAGGAAUGAUUAAAGUAAAAUGAGGUCAUUGGGGUGGACACUAACACUAGUGUCCUUAAGAGGUGACCAGGACACCGACAUGCAAAGAGGGCAGACCUUUGAGGACACAGGGAGGAGAAGGCCAGCCACACUUCAAAAGCCGAAGAGGACUUAGGAGGAACCAGCCUGCUCACACCUUGAUUUCAGACUUCCAGCCUCCGAGAACUUCGAGAAAGACAUGUCUGUUCUUUAAGCCACCCAGUCUGUGGUGUUUGUUAAGGAAGCCCUAAGAAUCUAACACAGGAGACAAAAUUCCCUGCUCUUCUCAGUGCCGCCACCAUACCUUGUGUGUUUGCCUUUUAAAACUUCACAUAAAUUGAAGAAUGUGCUGCGUGUUCUCCUGUGACUGGCAUUUUGGUUCAACCUCUCAACAUUUAUCUAUGCUGAUGUGUACUCUGCUGUGUGUGUCUCCACAGCAUUGUGUGGAUUCACCACCAUGUCGCCUCAACUCGUAACGGAUGUUGGGUGGCUCAUAUUGUACAUAAAUAUAAACACUUGUGCACAUGUGCAAGAUUCUGUAGGCUGUGUAGCCCAGAUUGGACUUCGUGGGCUGCAGAGAAGGCACAUGUCCAGUCUCCCAGGCAGUGGCAAUAUUUCUAGAAAUGAUUGCAUCGUUUAUACUCACUCACAGCAGUGGUGAUUGUGAGUUCCCAUUGCUCCGGUUCCUUGCCAACACUAUACUGUCUGACCUUGAUUUUCACCAGAUCCGCCUGGUAUGAGAAAGUGUCUCAACGUGGUAUCUUAUUCCAUGUUUGGGGCCAUUAGUGCAUCCUCUUCUCUCAAGUGCUUGUUUAUGUACAUACCUCUUAUAGGACUUUUAACACAUGCUGCUGUAUUUGUUGGUUUUCUUCCUUUUCAUUCGUGGACCUGCAACACCUAGUGUAAUACCUGGCACAAAGAAGGGACCCCUCAUGUGGAUAAGAGGAGGAGGGUAAGAAGAAAGGAAGAAAGUUCUGCUGUCACACUCCCACUUUAACUCCAAUGCAGAGAUUGGUUCUGACC